GCCUGUCAGUGUCUGUCAGUAAAUUUUCUCUAGCUUAGUCAAGGAAGGCAUUUAAGACAAACUGGUAGCUGAUUCAGGUGCAUGAAACAUCACUAAACUUGUACUGUAAAUCUGUUAAGUCUAUUAUUAUGAAAAAUCAUGCCAAGAGAAUAAAGUACUUAGAAGCUAUGUGAAAUAUCACGAAAGCAAGAACAACUGGACAAACUACACAACACUUAAAAGCUUACAACUGGUAUCCAGUGAGAUUAUGAAACGUUUAUAUUUAUACAUAGAUAUAACAUAAGGGUUAAAUAUUUGGAACCCCAGUCGGUGUAAAGGCAGUGAGUGAGUCAGUUGGGUGACAGGGGCUGAAAUGGACAGAAGGAAGCCAGAUGGACAGAGCAGUCGGUGAUAGAGACUGAGAGAGAGAGGCUGAGAGAGAGAGAGAGGCUGUUAACAGAAUGGAUAGAGUCAGUGAGAGAGAGGGACAGAGAGAUGGAACUGUUGCGGCUGGCAAACUGAUGUAGUGGGAACUUGCAUUUGGCUAGCGUUGGCCAAAGUAAAAAGAAAUUAGUGGCGGAUCCACCAACAGAAAUUUCGAACAUACCAAAAGUAUUACCCUCAAGUGUUGAACCAAUGGAGCAAGAUGAUAAUACUCUAAACUUGCAGUCUAAGACAAACAUGAUACAAAAAACAGAAAAUUCACAGAUUACAGACAUAAACACAGAUUCUCAGUCAAAUAUGAUUGUACCAACAACACUCAAUAAGGAUCCAUCGAUAGGAGAAACAAUGAAUGAGGAAGCAAUAAACAAAGAAAGAUUUUUCACAAAGGCAACAUCAUCAUUGGAAGAAAACAACAUAUAUAUGAAUGACAUGUCUAUGACAAAAGAGAAUCAAGAUUUACUUCCUACUGAAAAACAAAAUCAGAUCACUAAGCUCAGUUCAGUACAGCCUUCAACAACAAAAGCUGUCGAAAGAAAACUAUUUGCACUACAUGUAACUAAUGCAACUGAAACAAGUAUAAGUGUGUCAUGGAACGCAACAGAAAAUAUUAAACAAUUUACGGUCAGCAUAGACUCCAGUGACCAGAAGUAUAAUGAUUUUGUAGUUAACACUACCAGUACAACGAUUACAAACCUCACAUGUAGUGGGUGCCGUUAUAAUAUAACAGUAAAAAGUUUCUAUGGUAAUAAUAAAUUCAGUCAAUCAAUAAAUACAACUAAUUUUACUGUACCCAGGAUGCCAAAAGUUGAUGUCAUAGAAAAACCAACUUUAGUUGAAAUUAAAAUUUUUCAAAAGAAUCAAGAUUGUAAUUCUUUGAAAAAUGACCUGGAUUGGGAAAUAACUAAAAGCAAAACUUCAGAAAAUUGCGUGAUAGAAAAAGCAGGUUUAAAAAUACAUUUUAAUUACAAUUUAACGAUAUGGAGACAAGUGGAUGUAUGGAGAAGUAAAAAAGAGUUAAUUACCAUCCAUCUUCGAGAACCUAAUGCAGUGAGCGAUUUAUCUCAUAUAGUUAACCAAAGUGAUAUACAUAUCUACUGGCAGAAACCAAAAGAUUCAAAAGUAAAUUCGUAUCAAAUCAUUGUUACUAUUGAGAAUCCAUAUAUGCAUAAUUGCACAAAUACAACCACAAACAUGACUUAUUACAUAAUAAACGACUUUUUACCAGGUACCCAGUACACAGUUGAUGUAUAUGCUAUUAAUUAUAUUGGAACCAGUCCAAAAAGUAACAUACAUGUUACAACUCCAUCUAAAGUUCCUGGUGCUGUAAACAUCAUCAUAAAUACUAUAACAGCUUUUAAUGUCAGUAUUUCCUUAAGUCGCCCACAGAUUUUUAAGGGAGACAUCCUCGGGUAUAUUGUUGAGAUUUACAAAGAUAAAAAGAUACCAAAGAAUAAAAAUCCACUGAAUACAUAUAACAUAAGAUGUUAUAACUGUUCACAGACAAAUGCUUACAGACCUAGCAGCUGUCCUUGUUCCCAACGAUGUAAUAAUAUGCAAGUGAAAACUCUCCACAGCUUGGGAGAACACUUUUCUUUGGAUGAUUCACUGACUCCAUUUACACAUUACUUAAUAUCAGCCCGAGCUUAUACAUCUGCUGGUUGUGGUAAUAGAAGUCAGAUAAGCUUCGCAACAAAAGAAAGUGCUCCAUCUAAAGUGCAAAGUGUUAUUAUCAAUACAACUGAAACUAUGGUUUAUAUGGACUGGCAAGAGCCCAAACAUCCUUAUGGAAAAAUACAGUAUUAUUUGAUCCGUCUCUACCAUAAUAAUUCACUUAUUAUAUCAGGAAAUAACACUGAAAAGAACUUUAUGUUUGAAAAUCUUGAACCAUAUCAAAAUUAUAGCGUCAGUAUCGUUGCCGUGAAUUCCAUGUCCGGUGAUAAAUACACUCAAAAUUUCAGGACAAAGAUUGGUGUACCAGACUCUGUAAACAUCACUAUUGUCAAUACUACUACUAAAUCAAUAACUAUAAAGUGGAAAUCCCAGCACCUCAAUGGACCACUCAGAAAAUAUGUUGUCUGCUGGAAAAGUGUUAAAGAAAGUACACCAUGGUCUAUGAAUGCAACUGUGAACACAACUUAUACAAUAACCGAUCUUGAACCCUACAGAUCUUAUAAGAUCAAAGUAAAAAUCUAUAAUACCGAAUAUUGGACAGAGAGUAAGAUAGUUCGUGAAAGAACAGAGAUUGGAGUCCCACACCCGGCACGAAAUAUUACUGCUAAGGCAGAGUCUGCAACAAGCAUUCGUGUCUCUUGGGAGGAACCAAUGCAGUUCACAGGACCAACUUCAUAUAUCAUUCAGGGAUGGUCUUUGAAGCCCUCAAAAAUUUUGAAGACUUUUCUUGGGCCAUUCAACGUCUCAGGUUUCCAUAAUACCUCGUUUCUUGUAAAAGACUUAGCAGAGUAUUGGCCAUACGUAUUUGAAAUUACACCAAGUACUGAGGCAGGAAAUGGUUCCUCAAUAAACACUUCAAGCACUCUGACAGAGGAAUCAACACCUGGACCAGUCAAAAGUUUGGAUAUUUAUGUCAACUAUUCCUGCUAUAUUGCAUUACUGGUUACAUGGAAGAAGCCACUUCCUGAAGAUGAAAAUGGUAUUAUCACUAAAUAUGAAAUAACUUACUGGGCUGAUAAUGAUGACAAAAAGAAAAUAUGUGUUAACGCUACUCUGUUCUCAACCAUGAUGAUUGCAUUUGGAGAGCAUAGCUACACAAUACAGAUACGAGCAGAAACUUCAAAAGGAUUAGGUGACACAAGAAACAAAACUGUUUAUGUCAAACCUCAAAUUCCUGUGGUACCAGAUAAUGUGUCUGUUACAAGAUCAUAUGAAGAAGUUGAGGACAGUAGCAGGCAGAUUGCUAUAAACCUGCCCAGUAAGUUCUUUACAGAUUUCACAUUUGGAAGACCAGUACAAUGGGGAUUGGUCAUUGCUCUGUCUGAUGCUGUUAAAGGAAGUGAUCAGGAACAUUCAGAAAUUUAUCCUAGAGAGCUAAAAGAAUGGAAAGAGGUAUAUGAUAAAGAAACUGCAUAUUCCUACCGACCAACACCAUCUGACUGGAAGCCACCUUCUAUUCUGACAACAAAGGACAUAAAUGCUGUUUACAUACUUGGCGCUCAAGAGGAUUGUGAAGAUAAGCCAAUAUAUUGCAAUGGCUAUUUGAAACCCGACAGAUAUUACCGUGUCAAAGCUUUCAUGUGCACAAAAGGAGGAUGUUCAGCAACCAAGUAUUCAAAACCAAUGCAUACAGAUAAAGACCGUACAGCUAUCUACAUCACAGUUCCAGUCUUGCUGGUAGCUGCUAUUGUAGCAUUGAAUAUAGUAUUUAUCAUGUGGCACAAGAAACUCUAUUGUUUCAAGAAAAAACAAAUACCCACAGUUUCAAGUCUUGUUGAUGCCAACCAAAAUGGAAAGGUUAAUCAUUCCUUCACGAUGAAAAACUCUGAAUAUUCACGACCAAUUAUGUUGGCACAUUUCCAUAGCAAAGUAGAAAUGAUGAAAAGAGACACAAACAUACAGUUUUGUGAAGAAUUUAAGCUGCUAAAGAGUCUCUCCCCUGUGCAACCUCAUGUUGCUGCUGAAUUGCAAGUAAACCGCACCAAGAACCGAUAUACCAAUAUCUUGGCAUAUGAUCAUUCUCGAGUCAAGCUGUUACCUAUGGAUGAUGAUGAAAGUUCUGAUUACACAAAUGCUAAUUACAUACCUGGCUACAGCCUACACCGAGAGUACAUUGCUUCCCAAGGACCCCUUCCUAGCACAAAGGAUGACUUCUGGCGGAUGAUUUGGGAACAGAAUGUGUCUAUUAUUGUCAUGGUCACAUUGCCUGUGGAACGUGGAAGAGUCAAAUGUGAGGUUUACUGGCCAAAUAAAUCUGAACCAGUUUACUUUGGUGAUCUCGUGGUGCAGCUGAAAUCAGAAUCCAAUCUUUCUGAUUAUGUCAUCAGAAUUAUGGAUGUGAAUAUGGGUGAACAUACAAAAGAAGUGAAACAGUUCCAUUUCUUGAAGUGGCCAGAUUUCGGUUGUCCUCAGAAUACAUCAUUGCUGAUCAACUUUGUGCAAACAGUUCGCACACAUAUGCCUUAUAUGGAUGCUGGACCAACCUUGGUACACUGCAGUGCUGGAGUCGGACGUACAGGAACAUUCAUUGCCAUUGACAGACUGCUUCAACAUAUACAAACCUAUCUUGAAGUAGAUAUCUUUGGCUUAAUAUUAGAGCUGAGAAAGUACAGGCCAAAUAUGGUACAGACUGAGGACCAGUAUGUAUUUAUCUACCAAUGUAUAGCAGAUCAUUUGAAACAAAUGGAGAAAAUUGAAAGUGAAGGUAUUUAUAUGAACGAAACAGGAAUGUGAGAAAAUUAAAUUCAAAGAUUCACAUUUUUUACUACUGCUGAAAAGAAAUAAUUAACAUCAUUGUGCCAGAUUUUUCAUUUGUAUACCAACUUUGAAAUUCAUUUUGCUGCACAAAGUUUGCAUGUGCAUAAAGUAUGUGUGUGUGUGUGUGUGUGUGUGUGUGUGUGUGUGUGUGUGUGUGUGUGUAUGUGUGCAUGCAUGAGAGAGAGAGAGUGUAUGUGUGUGCUUGUCUGUGUACAUAAACAAUUGUAUUCAUGAACACACACACAUAUAAAUAUAUAUAUCUAUAUGUGUGUGCGUGUAUAUAUACAUAUAUAUAUAUAUCUGCACUCAAGUGCACAUGUCAAAUUUGAAUUGGUUGAUAUUACUGAAGGCAUUCCUUUCCUUUGUGCUUAGAUAUUAAGCACAACAAGAGAAAGUUUUCAACAGCUUAACUUAUUGCUGAGAAAAUCCAUUAAUCAAAGUUUUUAUUUUUUUAAUUUGCUAUAUUACAUAUGUAAGAGUCUAUUUAAUUACACACACACAUAUACACAUGCACAUAUACACAUACAUGCGCGCACACAGACACAGACACCCACAAACACACACACAUAUUUCGAUAUAUAUAUAUUACAGAAAUAAAUCUACAAACAAAUGUAUACAAAUAUAUUUCAUAUACAUACACUUAUGACAAAUGAAAAUAUAUAUAGACAAUAUAUGUGUAUGUAU